AUGAUGUUAGACGGGUAUAGUCUUGAGAUAGCAUUAACCGGCGCCAACUCAGCUGCUCAAUCGUGGUAUGGGUGGGAUCAGGGUGUUGUCGCGGGUCUUCUUAUCAGUCCCGAUUUUCUCAAUGUUUUCCCUCAGACCAAGGUCUCAUCUGUCCAAGGAAUCACAGCGAGCUGCUUCUCGUAUGCACUGAUUCUUAUCAUCUUGAAGCUUGGAAAUCUAGUGGGCUGCUUACUUGCAGCAUGCUAUGGUGAUCGCCUGGGCAGAAAGAAUACGCUAAGAUUUGGUGCCAUGAUCAGCGCCCUUGGCGCUGUGCUGCAAUUCUCUGCCUAUUCCUUCCCUCAACUUAUUGUUGGUCGAGUUAUAAACGGUGUAGGAAACGGUUUGUUCAAUCUAGUAGCUCCUAAAGUCUCGUCAAGAGUGACUAGCUCGACAUGUGGCGUGUUUCAGGCCGAGUCCUGUCGCAGCGAUCGUCGUGGCAAGCUAUCCGUGAUAGUUGUUCUUCACAACGUCGUUUUUUACUGUGCCGCGACAUGGAUAACAUUAGGUUGCUCCUUUCUCCAAGGAGGGUAUCAGUGGCGACUUCCUCUAGCACUGCAGCUUGUGCCAUGCUCGGCUCUAGUGGCACUACUCCCGCUAGUUCCUGACAGCCCACGGUGGCUCUUAAUGCAGAACAGAAGUCAAGAGGGCUUGGAAGCUAUACGACGCUAUCUGGGGAAAGGACUGACUAUUGAUGAUCCCAUUGUGCAAAGUGAAUAUCACUCUAUCACUGGUGCAAUUCUCAUAGAGCGCGAAUCAAAAAUCUCUUUUACUCACGUUUUGGCUCGGCGCGAUCGAUCUAGCCACUUGAAGCGGCUUCUUCUCGGGUGUGGUGGCCAGUUUAUGCAGCAAUUCGGUGGUAUAAACGCUCUCAAUUAUUACUUUACCAUCAUUCUUAUGAAAAAUGUCGGCAUGAAUGAAAUGAUGGCUCGAAUCCUCACUGGCUGCAAUGCUACAUCUUAUAUGAUCUCGUCCGGCCUAUGCUUCUGGCUGAUUGAAAGAUGCGGGCGCCGUGUCCUCAUGUUGAGCGGACUGUCCCUUCAAUGUUUAGCAUAUGUGAUGGUUGCAAUCUCCAUUGCUCUCCUUGAUCAAGCACCAUUCCAGUGGGGAAUCGUUGCUGUCUCGUUUUUGUUCUUCUAUUACGCAGCAUUCGGUUGCACUUGGGGUAUGGUCCCGUGGGUUUACCAGGCAGAGAUCAACUCUCUGGCCAUGAGAACUGUUGGUGCUGCGUCUGCAACUGCAACGAAUUGGUUGGCUGGGUUCAUAUGCACCCAAUUCACUCCGACCGGAAUCGAGAAUAUCGGUUAUCGAUUUUAUAUCAUAUUUGCGGUAUUUAAUCUCGCAUUCAUAUUUGUGGUUUACUUUCUUUACCCAGAAACUGCGUACCGGACCCUGGAAGAUCUCGAUGUCUACUUUGAUCGAGAUUCCCAUCACCCCACGAUUAUUCCGAUACGUGACAAGGUAGCCAAGCAGUCCAAGCGCCCAUUAGAGGCAAUGGAGGCGGAAGCACUACGCGUUGCAACCACAAAGGCCAUUGAUGUAAAACUUGCGACAGAGCAUGUUGAAGAUAUUGAGAGAGUUGUUUAA